AUGAGGAUUCUCCAGCCGGGCGUCUCAAUGCGCUCUCUAAGGACGCUCACACGCCUCCCAAGGUGGUCAGUCGUAUCCCAAAGGGCGUUCGUUGCCCGUGCCUACUCAUCCGAUGUAGCCUCAGGCUCUGGGAAGGAUUCCUCGGUCAAGGCGAAGAAGCCAUCCUCGGUAACGAUCCGUGGCCAGGCCUACGAUACCAAUGCUGCUUGGUUCAAUGUGCCCACCAACGUUCUCGACGCAACUUCACGAAAACUGCAUCUCCUAAAGGAUCACCCUCUACAAAUCACUCGCCAAGUGAUGCAAUCAAACUUCCCAGCUCCUACAUACAGAUAUUACGACGAUCUAAGUCCGGCUGUAACCACGCACCAAAACUUCGAUUCGUUAGGGUUCCCCGCCGAUCACCCAGGUCGAGCUCUCUCAGACACCUACUAUAUCAGUGACAAGACCCUCCUACGAACCCAUACCAGCGCCCACCAAGCAGACACCUUCCGUGCCGACGAAAGCGAUGGCUAUCUUGUCUCGGCCGAUGUGUACCGCAGAGAUGCCAUCGACAAGAGCCACUACCCUGUUUUCCACCAGAUGGAAGGCGCUCGGUCCUGGGAUCGUUCCAAAGUGCCUGAUGGCGACGUAGCGGCGGCAGUCUGGCGUGAUGUGGAGAAGCUUCCCAAGCAUAACAUUGUCGUAGAAGACCCGAACCCGACUUUCCAUGAUGAGAGGAACCCGCUCCAGGAGGGACAUCAUUCUGCAGCCGAAGCCGAGGCGAUUGCUUCUCAUCUCAAGAGAUCUUUGGAGGCCAUGGUGGUGAACGUCUUCUCCAGAGCCAGAGCGGCUGCCUUGAAAGGAGACCCAAACUUUGUUGAUGAGCCUCUCCGCAUGCGAUGGGUUGAAGCGUACUUCCCAUUCACUAGCCCUUCAUAUGAACUCGAGGUUUACUACGAUGGAGACUGGCUUGAGGUUCUUGGCUGCGGUGUGGUCAAGCAAGACAUAUACAUCAAUGCAGGUGUUCCCAACAAGCUUGGCUGGGCGUUUGGCAUCGGCAUCGACCGUAUUGCCAUGCUGCUCUUCAAGAUUCCGGACAUCCGCCUCUUCUGGUCUCGUGACGACAGAUUCCUCUCCCAGUUCACGGGUGUGUCGGACAACUUGGAUGCCUUGAAGCGCUUCGUUCCCUUCUCCAAAUACCCACCCUGUCCCAAAGACGUGUCAUUCUGGCUCCGUGGGUCCACCACCGAAGAGGGCAACGCUCAAGCUGCAACCCAUGAGAACGAUGUCAUGGAAGUAGUGCGCAAUGUUGCCGGAAAUGUGGUGGAGGAUGUGCAGCUCUUCGACGAAUUUACACACCCCAAGUCGGGGCGGAAGAGCGCUGCCUACAGGAUCACCUACCGUAGCCUGGAGCGUACCCUGACCAACGAUGAGGUCGUCUCCCUCCACGAGAAAGUCAGGAAGGCUCUCGUCAGCGAGCUAGGCGUUGAGCUUCGAUAA